GCCAAAACUGACCUCAUACUUGAUACUCCAAGAAGCUUUGUCCGCCUCCACAUCGCCGCCGCCUAAACCGCACUGCCCACCCGCGCAUCCUCCUCUCUAGUCCCAACAAACGACAAGCAAGCACAGGCACAUAGAGCGUAGUGGUCGCCCCUCUCUUCCUCAUCCUGAAAAAAGCCAUGUUCCGCACACAGCAGAACGCUUUCGACGAUGUCGUCGUCAAAGCGACGGACGAGAACCUCACCUCCGAAAACUGGGAGCUCAUCAUGGCCGUCGUCGAUAAGGUCAGCGAGGCUGACUCCGGAUCCAAGGACGCCGUCGCAGCAAUGAUCAAACGUCUGGCACACCGCAACGCCAACGUGCAGCUAUACACCCUCGAGCUUGCCAACGCUCUGAGCCAGAACUGUGGCAUGAAGAUGCACAAGGAGCUUGCGUCGCGGAGUUUUACCGAGGCCUUGCUAAGACUAGCCGGCGAUCGGAAUACGCAUCAGCAGGUCAAGGCGAAGAUUCUUGAAAGGAUGGCAGAGUGGACGGAAAUGUUCAAACAUGAGCCAGAUUUGGGAAUCAUGGAGCAGGCUUACAUGAGGCUGAAGACUCAAAAUCCUAACCUACACCCACCAUCAAAACCGCAGAAGACUCAGCUGUCGGAGGCGGACAGAAGACGAGAAGAAGAGGAGUUGCAGAUGGCGCUUGCACUCUCCAUGAAGGACAGCAAGGCCGCAGCAACUUCCAGUGCCUCUCCGGCGCAAGGCAUCGGCUCGCAAACACCUGCUGAAGAACCCACUCCUGCACAACAAGGCACGACGGCUGCCACAGUUUCACGGGUCCGUGCGCUCUAUGACUUCACCCCGUCAGAGCCAGGAGAGCUAGCCUUUCGCAAGGGCGAUAUCAUCGCCGUCAUAGAGUCCGUGUACAAGGACUGGUGGAAGGGUUCCCUCAAAGGCGCAACAGGAAUAUUCCCUCUAAAUUACGUGGAGAAGCUACAAGAUCCGACGAGAGAAGAGCUAGAAAGAGAAGCGCAGAUGGAGAGCGAGGUGUUCAACCAAAUCGGCAAUGUGGAGAAGCUGCUUGCGCUGCUGAGCGUUAAUGACAGGGGCGAUGUGCGCGACAAUGAGGAGGUGACGGAAUUAUAUCACAAGACCCUGAGUAUACGACCGAAGCUCAUUGAACUGAUUGGAAAGUAUUCGCAAAAGAAAGACGACAUGACACAACUCAACGAGCGCUUCAUCAAAGCUCGGCGCGACUACGAAACUCUCCUCGAGGCAUCCAUGUCACAUCCUGUACCUCAAACCUACGGCCGACCCUCUUACGGUGGCUACAGCACCGGCCCUCAAUCAGGUUACGGCGCUCCUCCCUCCCAAGCGAACCAGUAUGCAACAGCGUACCAGCAACAAAUUGCAACGCCGCCAUCGGACCCUCGCUACUCGUCUCCACCACCUCAGCAACAAGCAGAACCCUCGUAUCCGCCACAAAAUGGGCCCCAGCCUUUCUACUUUGUACCUCCCGGUCAGAGCUCAAGUACCUCGCUGGGUCAAGCGCCACCGCCACGAACCACAUCUGCCGCAGCCCAGAGCACAGACGACCUAUACACUCACCCAAGCGGACCGGCGCGGACAACCACAGGCCUUGGUGAUGCCCGCAGACAAACUAUAGCAUUUGGCUCACAACCAGGUCAAAUCGGCAUACCUCAAGAACUAGCCUCCGGAUCUUUCGAUUCCCCUGUCAACUCCAUGCACGAAGCCCAAAAACAUCAAUAUGACCCGUAUCCGGUGCAGCAACCUGGAAAGGCGCCCUCGGAUCCGUACGGUGGUGCACCACUACAGCAGGCCACCACCUCGGGCACAGAGGGUGGAUAUCCCGCGAUAGGACGACCGGGUGGCCUUUCCACUUUGCCGAGCCAACAAAGGAUGGAAGGGAGCAGCCCCGUGUAUCAGCCCUUUGGAGCACAGUAUACGCCGUACAAUCCCAGCGCAGCGACAGCAGGGCGACCUGCUGCGGCAGGAGGCGGAGGUGAUGAGAGUUACUAUCGUUGAAAGGGGUUGAAAAUCGGUGUUGGCGUCUUUUGUUGUACGUGGAAUGAUGGGUUCAAUCUACAGGUGGUAUUGUACGAUGUUAUUUGGAGUGCGCCGAACCGUGUCAGAAAGGGAUUCUGUGGCAUGCUUUACACAACGGCAGAACCUCAUCGACUGACCCCAGCUUAACUACCCUCCCAGAAAUGCCAGGGUAGACACGUAGUCUUUUGAGCACGAAAGUGCUGUAUACCCCACGAAACUUGGCCUUCUGCCAUGAACGGGAUGCUGUACGUCCCAACGUCAACUUAAUUUCUUUUG